AUGUGUCGAUAUAUGCGCGCUGCAACUAUAACGUUACUAUAUUUGCAUUGAUAAACCUGAGCUGCACUAGAUCGCGAUUUGUACUUGGUUUUUAUAUCUUACCACCAAUAAUUACCCUUCGAUAUGAUGCACCAGCCGUUGACAAGCUCGUGCCCGUCGACCUCGGAGGGGCAUGUCAAAGCCCCAGCGAUUCAUUUUCCUGACGGUACCGUCAAGCAAUCUACUCUACUCCGGUCCCCGACCGUCCAUCGGAAUGGACAUGUCAAUCUAGACACAUUCUCGCCAGUUAAUGAAAACGGAAGCUUCGAAUUCGAUCGCGUCUUGAAAACUGGGAAGGUGCAUCGUCGGGUUAAACAUAAACAUGCAUUCAGGGCCUCCUGGAAACAAGCCUAUCUCGUUCUCCGCCCGAAUCUGUUAUCAGUCUACAAAGAUGAGGAAGCGACAAGGUUGCGACUAUCCAUUACUCUAUCAGAAGUAACCGCGAUCGCUCCCGUUAAAUCUCCUCGGUCAAAUCGCCAGCAUGUUUUUGGCAUAUUCUCCCCUUCUAAGAACUAUCGCUUCCAGGCUCUGUCGGAAAAAGAUGCGCAGGAUUGGAUCGAGCGCAUUCGUGCCGAAACUCGCAUAGACGAGGAAGAGGAGGCGUUUCUGGCCCUUUCCAUGAAAGGAAACAAUACAGCAACUAGCAAGCAACGGAUCGAUGAUACCACCGAUUUCUCGGAUGUUGAGCAUAUGGGAAGGGCCAGCUCGCCUGAAUUCGGACGGGCAAGCUCCCCUGGUGGACGUCUCACUGCCCACCAGAAUUUCUCGGGACAUGAUAUUACGUCUUACUCAGAAUGGUCCGAUGGCCCAGCGAGCAACUCCAGUGUUCGCCCCGUUUCAAGAACUUCAACAAUUCCUAACUUACCUGUGUCUACUCCAGCGAGUGCACAGCCCAUCUCUGCACGCGAUAUGGAUCGGACCCAGGAACCAAAUACUCGGCGUGACCCGGAGAGAGUUAUCUGCAAUGGGUAUCUUCAGUGUCUUCGCAUUAAGGGAGGGGUGCGCCAGUGGAAACGAUUAUGGGUUGUUUUACGUCCAAAGAGCCUUGGCUUCUAUAAGGACGAACAGGAGUAUUCCGCAGUCAAGAUACUUCCCAUGGACCAGGUAUUCGAUGCCGCAGAAAUUGACCCAAUAUCUCGUUCAAAACUCUACUGUCUCCAAGUUAUCGAAGAGGAAAAAUCAUAUCGUCUCUGCGCGGACGAUGAAGAAUCCCUAGCAAAGUGGCUAGGGUCCCUAAAGAGCGUUCUGGUCGCUCGCAAGAAACUCGAAUCAGAGACCACGCCAGGAGCUGCGGCGGCGGCAGCAGCAGCCUGAACAAUUGUACAACAAUAAUAACCCGACGGGUCUGGUAACAGUCCGAUUGUCGCUCCCUUUUUCCACUUCCUUCAUUGUGUCUCUCCUUAACAAAUUCUCUUCAUUGUCGAAUUACUGCACACCUUAUAUACCUUCGUCAACUGUGUUCUCUUUUCUCAUUGAUCUGUUUACGACAUACAUACCCGACUUUACUGAUGAUAUAGAUCUAUUUUCUUUUUUUCCCCUUGUGAUCAGUCUAAAACCCCCGAUUUUUGAAUAAUGCUGAUAAUGUUGAUUUUACCGAUGUUUA